GCCCCGGCUCCGGCCCCGGGCCCGGCCCCGGCCCCGGCUCCGGUUCCGGCCCCUACAGUGGCGCCAGCGUGCAGGUGAAAGCGAGUGCACCCAACACGAUCCAGUACUUGCCGACGCGACCGCAGACGUCCAGCGCGGGACCACGUGGACCGCCCAGCCUCGAGUUCCUGCAGCGCUUCACCGGGCCCGGCGGAGUCAGCCCCGGCGCCAUGGGCAUGAUGGCCGACCAGGGCGGCCCCAUGCCCGGCCAGGGCGGACCCAUGCCCGGACAGGGCAUGCCCAUGACCGUGCCCAGUGGGCCGAUGAGCGGCGGCGGCGUGCCCAUGGGAGGACCCAUGGCCGGCGGUGGCGUGCCCAUGGGCGGACCGAUGGGCGGUGGCAUGCCCAUGGGCGGACCGAUGGGCGGCGGCAUGCCGAUGGGAGCGCCGAUGGCCGGCGGCAGCCACAUGGGAGGACCGAUGAGUGGGCCGAUGUGCGGCGCCGGCCCCAUGGGCGGACCGAUGAGUGGUGGUGUGUCGAUGAGUGGACCGAGUAUGAGUGUGAGCGGCCCCAUGACCGCCUCGAACUCCAUGUCGAUGAGUGGGCCCGGCGCUCCCAUGAUGGGCAUACCCGGCGGGCCCAUGGGCGGCAUGCCGAUGGGCGCUGACCCGCGGCAUGGCGGGCCUAUGGGCCGCCAGAUGAACAUGAUCAUAGGUCCGAACGGCCCCAUGAUGAGCGGCCCCAUGCAGCCGGGCUUCGGGCCGCCGAUGGGCAUGGGCCCCGGCGGGCCGGUGAUGGUGUCUGGCGGCCCGAUGCCGGGCCAGAUGGUGCCGCGUGCCGCUAUGAUGCGCGGCCCCAGCCCCAGCAUGGCCAUGGCCGGCAUGGCCGAGCCCAUGUUCGGGCCCGGCGGGCCGCAGCCCAUGAUGGCCGGCGGCGGACCGACGCCGGCGCCCGCCAUGUUCGGGCCCAAAGGCGGCGCAAUGGCGCCGAUGGGCGGCGGCCCGGGCGCGCCCGAGGCCGCCCAGCCGCUGCCGCCGUCCAUGGGCCAGCCGGGCGCCAUCAAGACUGGACAGUUCGGCUGGUACCACUGACCCGUCGCCGGCGCGCCCGGCCGCCCGACCGCCCCGUCGCGCCCCGCCGGUCCUGUGAUGGUGCAAUAAGAGCGAUAUUUCCUGUCGGUUGCGCGCGCAGUCGCCGAGUGGCCGCCGACCGGCCGCGUGGCGCCGCU